GAGUCGGGAGCGAAAGCGGGAGCACGAUCGUUGCUCUGCAUCUGGCCCGAGAAACGAUUCCCGUGGCAAUCGCGAUCCCACUCGCACUCGCACUCGCACUCGCGCUUGCGCGUCACCAUCACCAUCGCCACGCAAUCGAUCGAGCGGCACUCGCUCGAUUGAAUUCGACUUGUUCCCGGGCGUGCUGGUGAGCGACAACCGAAGAAUCGAAUGGGUAGAACCUAUUUGUCCGAACGGAUUGUCCACAAGAAAUUCAAACGAUCUGCCAACAAUCUCUCCGUGCGCUCAGUUAGGGCUGUGGCCCUCGAGGUCUGCCUUCAACGGUGACCUUCCUUCGAAUCGUGAAACUGCCGAUAAGGUUGUGGUUUGCGUCGGAUGAAAUUGCCGGCAAUCAAACGGGCGCGAGCAAUCGAGGCUCCGGCUGGGGGAAGCGUUGGGACGGUCAGGACCACGGUGGCAGUCCGGACCUCGAUUUCCGCGAGAAGGCGUUCAUUUAUGGAAGCUUCAUUCAACGACACAGCCAAAGCCAGAGCCGAAGCCAGAGCCAGAGCCAGAGCCAGAGCCGGGCGUAAGGGUGAGCGUCAAGUGAGUGCAAUGAAAAGGCGUCGCGAGGCAUUUUCUUCGAGCAUUUGAAUAACAUCCGCAGAAGUGAUCGCUCGAGAGAGCUUCCAGUCCGUGGAGAGCUUCUAAUCCCAGACGACUUCGAACACGAAGUGCCUGGCGAACCCGCUGAAAUCAGAUUUCUUGUAAAGUUUGGCUCGAUCGAGGGCCAGGAGCACAUUGGGCCAUAAAACCCUGGUCUUAACCGCUCCCCGUGCUAGAUCGCUGCCUUGAUUCGGUGAAAGCCUGGACGCCGUGUCGCGCAGUGGGGAGAGCAGAGGCUGUCCACAAGGCGCAAAAUCCAUGGCAAGAAUUGCCGGAUUUUGCAACAGACUGGGACAUACGGGAGGGUCAACCACGGGGUCAAUGGGAGUCUUAAGGCGAUGCGGGAGAUGGGAGAGGAAUGAGUAACCACGAGGUCUCGGACCACAGAAGCAGAUAGAGAGGAAUGAAACGAACCGGCAGUCACGGCAAACACCUGGGAGUGCGGGUGGUCUGGGAUGAGGAGAAUUUGGACUAUUUGGAGGCACACAAAACUCCGAAGCAGAAAAUCGACGAGCCGAAGACACCGUACCAUCCGCCGGGAGCUGAGGACAACAUUGUGAGCCCGACUCCUCUUGAGAACGCAUUGCAUGCCGACGCAAUUAGACUAGCCCUAUCGCAAGUUGCGUCGACCACCGAUGACCGAUACUACAACGACGGUGAGGGCGCCAGCAGCAGCAGCAGCAGUGGUGCAGGCCCCAGCACCAGCAGCCCUGUUGCCCAGUGUCGAUUUCCACCUUAUGAUCGUGAAACCAAGAGUAUUGACUUUGACGAGCCUCCGUCCAAACCCAGGCGUCACAAGAGUUUUGAAGAAAAGAGGCACAUGCACCAUCUGGAAUACCGCAGGGCCAAAAGCAUGCUAUCUAACCAACCCAUGAUUGAGGAGGAUGAAAAUGAGUAUAGAGACCAAGCUUCUGGGAGCUGUAGUUCGUGUCAAGAUGAUCAUGAUCAUCUUCGCAAAGGAAUCGGUGACAUCGAAAUUCGCGACGCCUAAAGUACCAACACCCUCCAUUCCAAGGUUCGCAAGACAGGAAUUACAGAUGCUGCUUUGCUCUCUGACCUCGAUCUCUCGUCACACGACUCUACUCCGCUCCUAUGAUAAGAACCGAACAGAAGUGACUUCCGUCACAUCGACUUCCUCAUUCAGAAAGUUGUUCUUAGCAAAGAAAGACACUGAGUCAAGUCUUCGGUGCUUGCAGCCCGCAUCUGGCACAAGACCUUACACAUGGUAGUCAGGUCGUGACAGCAGUAGGAUCGACGUGAUCACGUGAGGACGUGAAAGGCCAAAUUCCAGGGGCAACCGAACAAGGUCGGUGAGUUACAUGAAGUGGAUCCACUUCAGACCAUGUGAUGAAGAAACAUAUUUCUCGUUUCUGCGGAGAAUCUUUUUAAGUAAAACUGCGACAGGUGACAGUUUCUGUAGCUUACAGUGAGGACUUGCGUGAUUUUCAUAUUCAUGGAAAGGCCUGUUUGGGAACCUUUGAUGCAUUGAUGCUUUGGUAACUUUGUACAUUCCAGUUCCAGGUAUUUCAUUCUACGACUUGUGACCGACAGACUAGACUAUACAAAUUGUUUUCUACAGCCAUACCUUCUCAGUGCCUGAACUUGUAGAAGAGUCUUAACAGCUAUAGCGUUCACAAGUAAUGUGGCUGCUUGUCACGAACUUAUUCAACAGACAAAUCAGAUGCCAUCUUUACAAGCACAUGAUUUCACG